AGGCUCCUGUUGAACAAACAGCAGGGAUUCUUACAAAUUAUAAUUCAUCUUCUGGGAUGUGGAAACGUAAAUUAUCGCUGUGGUUGGUGGUGAUACUACUUGGCAGAGUGGCAUCUGUACCACCCUCAUCAUGUGCAUUCGAUGAUGGUUGGUGUCAAUGGCGACCUCAGAAUAACUCAGGAAACUUCGAAUGGCAUCUUGGGCACGGUCCAACUCGAGACAGAUCCUCGGGACCAGAUGGCGACCACACAACGAAAUAUGGAAAUGGUAGCUACAUUUUUAUUAGAGGAUUAGACGCUGGUCGUAAUGCUUCCUUGAAAGCUAUUGUCGAGACAAACCUUGAUGCAACUUCCGAUUUACAAAUGUCGUUUUGGUAUUUUAUGAAUGGAAUUGGUAUCGGUAAUUUAACUGUAAACAAAGUCGAUGAUGAUGGUACAAAGACUGAACUUUGGAGAAAAGAAGGACGACAAGGAUCCGAAUGGAUUCAAGCCAAAGUCAGAUUACCUCGGGGAGAGUUCAUGAUACGUUUGGAGGCCUCGGCACGUUUAUUUUAUGGUAGUGACUUAGCUGUGGAUGACAUAGAAUUUUCAUCGAUUAUAACGACAACAACCUUACCUCCAACAACCAUGCCACCCUUCCGAGCACUUCCUGUUGGCUGCGACUUCGAAUCGGGUUCAUGUGGCUGGGAGCUCCUUCCUUCUCUAGGAAAUACCGUUGGCUGGAACAUUACUUCCGAGUCUUAUUAUUAUAAAGAAAAAAUGUUAAUACCUGGAGAUAUGUCCAAUAACCAAGGUAAAUAUUUGCUUUUAACUAACUGGGAUAUGGGUGAAAAUGGAGACGCAGCUCAAAUUGUCUCGCCUGUUUUGGAGAACGUUGGCGGCGCCUGUUUGAGUUUUUAUUUGUACUUGCCGAGUACUUCAAGUGGUACGUUAUCCAUCUACCAGAAAUUGCUACCAUCAAUGGAACUCGUCUUACUACACGAGGCAGCAUUUAGAAGACCGCCUGGCUGGAAGGAAGUCAAGUUUACCCUAAAGGAGUCACGCUAUUUUCAGGUUAUAUUAGAAGGAUCUUAUGCAGGAUAUCUAGGCUCUGUGAUCGGCGUAGAUGGCGUCACAAUAAAAAAUGGAGAAUGUAUAUUCACUACCACCCCUGAAACAACAACAACAACUACUACUACUACAACAGCGCUACCGACAACGUUUAGUCCCUUGCUAACAACAGCUGCUAUAAACUCCAAGACAACAGUUCAGAAAAUGUCUUCGUUAUCUUUAACCCCAGAUAUAGAAAACACUUCACCAAAACGUACAACUGAAUUAAAGAAUUUAACAUCACAGGUAGGUACAUCAUCUAAACCCAGGACAACGCAAGGUUUAUCAACUCUAUCGUCAUCAGUGCCUUCACACAUGCUUACUUCAAUACCAUGGUCAUCUACUCGGACAUCUUUUACGACACCUACACUGACAAGGUUGACUCACCAUUCCACAGCAGGAUCAUCAACAGUGAACUUAUUUCAUACAAAGCCUACUAAGACCUUUUCGUCGCCGGACAAAUCAUCGUUGGUUCCAUUAACUCAAGUACCACAAACUACAACGAAUUCUUUAACACCUGUAUCGUCAGAUAUGGCUUCAAAAUCAAUAACGCUCUCACCAUCUCAUUCAUCUACAAACACACCAUCAGAGGGCAAUACCCAGACGCCAACACGAACACACUCAUUUACGGUAAACGCAACAAAGUCGACACCAGAAAAUCCGACUUCAUUAUCAACAUCGUCCUCGUUGUCAUCGCUAACUUCAACGUCUGUAAUUUUAUCAUCACUUUUAACAAACAUUUCAGCAAUGAUUUCUAAUUUCCAGCCAACCGCAUCAAUGAAAACAACGACUAUGAGCAAACUCAACACGUCGGAAAAUCGCACCAUGCAACACACCUCGCCAUUAUCAAUUCAAACGCCCGAUAAGAAAACUACAUCAUCGAUAGAGACCCAAACUUUGAGUGGUUCUACGAAUUCGUCAUUCACAACAAGACUACCAACUUCUACAACAAUAUCUUCAAGUUCUACAACACAUCAAACCUCCCCGAGUUCGAACCUUUCACCAGAAUCACAUAAUUUAGCCGCAAGAGAGACUACAGCCAUUGUUCUUGGUGUUUGUUUGCCUGUCAUAUUAUUAGUAAUAUUGUCUGUGAUUGUACUGAUAUGUAAAAAAGACCACUCAAAGUCAAGUUCAUUUCAAAACCAAAAAACCAAAAAAAAAAAAAAAAAAAAACCCAACCCAAAUAAUAAACAAACC